AUGGCGCCCCCGGGUUUGAAAGAAAAAACUUCUUCUAAUCCUUUUAUUAUUUUAAAAAAUCUUAAGAUUUCUUUAUUUAAGCAUCACACCGAUGAAGCCCGUUUACGAUUCAUAUUUUCUAGUCUUGACCCUACUUUUUUUAUCGAAAAUAAUAUUGAUGACUUCGAAGGUCUUUCGUCAUCUGAAUUGUUAUCAAAAGUCACCCAAUAUUAUACAGAUAUAGUUGAGGAAGAAUUCGAUAUCUACGACCGUUUAUGUUUAUUAAUUGACGACUUAAGAAUAGAUUACGAUUUACGUAAACCAUAUUCAUCAUUUAUUAAUGAAGCUAUUGAUAGAAUUAAAUUUUUCAAUGCUAGUAAUUGUGAUGCAUUAAUUAUUAAAUUUUUCCUAGAAUCAAUUUCCCUUAAAUUUCGACAAUCUCAAAUAUUUAAAGAUUAUCUUCCCGACUCUAUGGUUCUAUCUGAUUGGCUUAGCGCCUCCAUGGAUUGGGACAAAUUAGCUACUUCUACAUUAGUCAGAAAUUUUCGUAAAUCUCAUUCUACUAUUAAGUAUGCUAAUUCUAUUAAGACUGAAUUUAGUAAUGAAGUAAGUAAAGAUACUAAAGAUAUUAAACCUGCUUUCGGUAUCCGUCCUUGUCAUUAUAUUAUUCAACAAGCCUUUUUUUUUAAUAUUGAUGAUGAAGCAUUAGUUGAUUCUGCAUGCGGCGAGAAUAUAUUAUCAUUGAAUAUAUUUAAUAAAUUCUCAUCUGAGAUUAGAAAUUCCAUUAACCGUAAUAAUACUAUAGAUAUUAUUCUCCCUAAUGGUUCUCGUGUCUCUACCAUUGGAUCGAUCGAUGUCAUUUUUACCUGUCCAUUUGCUAAUAUCGUCAAACAACCGUUAACCUUUUUUGUUUGUGAUGUUGCUUGGAAUUUCUUAGGAAUUAAUACCUGUGUUAAGUUUAGACUUCUGUCAAAGUUAGAAACAUUAAUUCUUGAGAAUGAACCAUUACUACGCGAUAAUUCAUCAUUAUUAUGUAAUAUUAAUACUAAUACUAUUCAUAAAAAUAGCAUCCACCGCAUUAAUAAAUUUCUAGAAGAUAAUCCAGCAUUAUGGGAUGAUUCUCCUGUAUCUUCUACAACAUUUGUUACUAUUCCUUUUCCUACUGAUUUUGUUCCUACUAAAGCACCUUUAAUUCGCUUUGCUAAACAUCUUCGUGAUGCUUCAAAAGAUAUAUUAGAUAACGAUGUUAAGAAUGGUUUCCUUGUUAAGGUUUCAAAACAGUCUGAUCAAAUUAGUAAUGCGUUUACGAUCAAACAACAGGGUAAAAACCCCCGUUUAGUAGUUAACCCUAAGAACUUGAAUAAUCAAAUAAUUAUUCCUAAGCAUAUGACACAAAAGAUGAUUACUAUGAAAGAUAUUCAAGAAAAACUAGCUAAUUAUUAUAAGGGUAGUUCAGACUAUUGUUUUUCUACGUUCGACAUUAAGUCUGCAUAUAGAAAUUGUAAGCUUCAUCCUAAUCAGUCAAAGUAUUUACAGUUUGUAACUGAAUUCGGCACUUACGAACCUACAUCUCUUAUCUUUGGCUUAAAUGUUUCAUCCUAUCUUUUUAUCGAUACUUUAUCCCGUAUUAUGCAAGGUAUUGAUUCCGUUGUAUUUUAUAGUGAUGACGGUCUGAUCUUCACUAAGAAAGAAGAUCAUGCCAACGUAGUUAUAGAUAUUUUAUCACGUCUAGUUAAAGUCGGAUGGAAAAUUACUUACGAUAAAUGUCAAUGGAUGAAAGAUGAGGUAGAAUUUAUAGGUUUACAUAUUUCAAAACAUGGUAUUUCUAUUCCUGAAUAUAAGAAAAUUCAGUAUAGAAGCUUUUCACAUCCAACAAAUUUAAUUCAAAUUAAGCAAUUUGUUCAAUCACUAAAUUACUAUAGAUCGAUGAUUCCUGAAUUUAGUAAUCUCACCGAUAAUUUUUAUGCUAUGAAGUCUUUUAGAUGGACAGAUAUUGAAAUAACACAAUUCAAUAGAUUAGUUGACAUUUUAUCUGAGAAUAUAUUUCUAUCUAUUCUACCUUCCGACAUCUCUUCUUUCUCUCUAACGAUUCAGGUAUCUGAUCGUUCAAUUUGUUCUUCUUUAUACUGGCACUCUCAUUCUAAUAAGGGCCUAUUUGAUCUUCAAGGCAGAACUCUCAAAGGUUCUGAGAUCAACUAUUUAUAUCAUAAUAAAUUCUUACUAGCCGUGAAAGAAAAUUUAGUUGCUAAUCAGAAGUUUAUUUUAAAUUUACCUGUUUCUGUUAUUGUUAAUAACUCUCCUCUUAAAUCUGUAUUAGAUAAUCCUCCUGAUAUGUUUUCAGCUCAGAGUACCUUUCAACGACUACGACUAUAUCUAGAAUAUUUUAACAUUAGAUUUAUCUAUUCUCGAGAGAAUGAUAUAAUUAGCAAACUCAGAAUUGACUCUAUUCCUAUAGACUUUAAUCAACCUAUUACUUUGUAUGCUAUGAAAGAACUCACUAAGAUUGACGAUUUUGAUUCACAUAUAAAUCUUACUAAUCUAAUCAACAGUUAUUCUUCUGAUCCUUAUGCUCCCAUUCUUACUAAAAUAGCUCGUGGUAUUGUUCCUGACUCACAGGACAUCUUUAUUUUACCCAAGAUUAUUGCUAAGUUUAUUAAUAAUGAUCAAAUUGUUUUGGAUUCUAAUAACGUUAUUCGUAUAAAUAACAAGAUUUAUAUACCACAAUCAUUUCAAGAUCAUAUUUUAUCUUAUUUGCAUAUGUAUCAUCGUAGCUCUACAGCUAUGAUUCAUCUAGCUAAUACUCUUUUUGUUAUGAUAAAUUGUACUUCUUUAAUUCGCCAAUAUUAUUCGAAUUGUAAAAUAUGUAUGUAUAUUCGUCGUUCUGGUCCACGUCAUAUAUCUUCAUGGCCAAAAUCUGAACACUCUCGUGAACGAUGGCAUGCAGAUCAUGUUGUUGUGAACGGCAAAACUCUUUUAUCUAUGGUUGAUAGCUAUAGUAAUUUUUUAAUUUUAUAUCAUUUACAAUCAUAUUCUAUCCCUAAGUUGCAAGAAGCACUUAUAAAUAUAUUUGCCUUAUAUGGUACCCCAUCUAUAAUUGUAUUUGAUAAUUUCCCUUCAUUUGUAUCACCUUUAUUAAAACAAUUCCUUAUUGAACAUAAUGUUGUACCUAUGUAUUGUAUUAAAUAUGAUCAUCGUUCAAAUGGCCAUAUUGAAACUCUUAAUUCAUUUGUUCGUACCUCUAUUUCUAAAUUCUUGGCCGAAAACGACUCGUUUUCCAAAGCCGUAUCAAAAACUUUAUUGAAGAAUCAUACCUCUAUAUAUCGCGACAAUCUUACAUCACAACAAAUUUUCUUUAAUGAUCCCGAGUUUCAUGCAGAAGCAGUUAUCCGCAAUACCCCUCAACUUCAUAUCAUUGACAAACCUGUUCUUUUCAAAAUAAAUUCCAGUCAGUCUACAUGGACCGAAGGUUUCGCUUCCUAUCGCUUAGGAAAGAAUAGUUAUCAAAUUACAGAUAAAGAUGGCAAUCUUCAUAUUUUAAAAGAUAACCUUAUUAAUUUUGAUAUUGGUACGGAUAUUAUUAAAGAAAUCGUUGACAUUGUUCCUACGUCAAAAGUUAAUGAGUAUAGAAACCUCAAGACAUCUCUCGUUUCAAAUGAUUCUAUUACCUCAGACGAUACCAUACCACUCGUCGAAGAAGGGGGAGAAUUAACAUCUGAUAUGUUAACGAAGUUUGAAGACCUCUCAACAUCAUUACUUAAUUCUUCAAUAUCCUCUCCAUUAAGAUCAAUCUCUAAUGUUGUUCCUGCAUCCAUGAAAUCAUUUGAACUCAUUAAGACACAGAAGGAUUUUGAAGAAUAUAUUUUUAAUAAUCCUCAAUUUAAGGAUUCAUAUAUAUUUAUAGAUGGUUCUACUAAAGCUCUUAAUAAUAUACCUUCUAGUGGUGUUGGUUAUUUUGCUCAUAUUCAAUCAAAUAUGGCAUGUGGAGGAUUACAUUUAAUAGAACCUAUUUCUUCUGAUUUUGCAGAAGUCUGUGCACUUGUUAUGGCACUUGAAAAUGUUAAAGAUAUUGAAUCCCCUAUUUUAUUUCUUACUGAUAGUUCAUAUGUUUAUAAAUCUAUUGCAAAUGGUUACAUAGAUAGAUUAACAUCUUUAGAUCGUCCUCAUAAUAACAUGUGGAGCCGUAUAAAGACAUUAUACCGAUCUUCAUAUAGAAUAAUACAAUCUGCUUCUCAUUCCCGUCAUUCCCCGGUUGGAAACAAAAUUGCCGACUAUGUAGCUAAGGCAUACUCUCUCAAUCUGCCGAAUCAAUCUCAUUUCUCUCUUAAUAUCAACUCAGAUCAUAAAGAUGUUUUUAAAGAAAUCAAAGAUAUUUUUCUAACAUUUGAAAUGGAACACAAGAUCAAGAUUGUUUAA